AUGGAUCAGUCUUUCUCAGCUCCCAUUAAGAUGUUGACGUCCUGUGCAGUGAUCUUAACUUUGCUGGCGCUGGGUUCAUCGAUCCCUUUACACCCAAGAAAUAAGGCCCCCCAUAAACUUUUGCUCAUCUCUUUUGAUGGAUUCCGUUGGAACUAUGACCAAGAUGUUGAUACCCCCAAUCUGGAUACUAUGAGCGAUGAUGGAGUAAAAGCAAAGUACAUGACUCCGGCAUUCAUAACUAUUACAAGUCCUUGUCAUUUCACCCUACUGACAGGAAAAUACAUUGAGAAUCACGGUGUUAUACACAACUUGUUCUUCAACAUCUCCAAUUUUCAAAAGGAAGGUUAUCUCUCUACACAAGGCAUCUCUUCCUGGUGGGAUAAUGGAUCACUUCCUAUCUGGAUUACGGCUCAGAGGCAGGGUUUAAAAACUGGAUCCCUUUUCUUUCCUGGUGGUAAUGCUACAUAUAGAGGGGAAACUGUGAACGUUAAAAGAGUUGAAAAUAGAGGACACAACUAUGGCAACGAAACAGAAUGGAAAGAAAAUGUAGAAACUGUGAUGAAGUGGUUCACAGAGGAAGAUCUUGACUUUGUGGCGCUGUAUUUUGGGGAACCCGAUUCAACGGGACACAAAUAUGGACCAGAAACGGAGGAGCGUAAAGACAUGGUUAGACAAGUAGAUCGCAUGGUUGGACACAUACGAGAUCGGGUGCGACACUAUGAUUUGGAAGCCCAACUCAAUAUUAUAAUAAUUGCAGAUCAUGGUAUGACUACAGUACAAAAAGAUCAGGAUGAGAUUGUCCUGAGGAAAAUACCGGGUUUUUCCUUUUCUGACCUUCAGUUUCAUUUAGUGGAUUAUGGACCAGCAGGACUUCUAGUACCUAAAGAGGGAAACUUAGAAAAAGUAUAUCAAGCAUUAAAAGGUGCACAUCCUAAAUUAAAUGUCUACAAGAAGGAGGAAGUUCCGGCUAGACUGCACUUUUCAACCCAUGAAAGAAUCACACCUUUAGUACUGUAUGGGGAACCAGGAUACGUAAUCAAUGGGCAUUUUCCGGCCCAGUUUAAUAAAGGUGAACACGGCUUCGAUAAUAAUGUUAUGGAUAUGCAAACCAUAUUCAGAGCUGUGGGCCCUUCAUUCAAAAGAGGCCUGACAGUGGAGCCCUUCGAAAGUGUUAAUGUGUAUCCUCUAAUGUGUGAGCUGUUGGGAAUAACACCAGAGCCUCACGAUGGAAACCUUAAUGUAACAAAGAACAUGUUGGUGGAGAACAUUCAAGAUGAUGACACAGAUGAUGAGGAGGAUACAGACCAUACAGAUGACGCAGACUCUUUACGGGAGGUGAUUUACCAUGCCACAAUUGGACUCACUGUUGUCGUUGGAAUUCUGUUCAUUAUUUUCGUCAUCGCGCUUAUUGUCAUGGCCGUCAAAAGGCGAAGAAAAACAACAUUUUAAAGUGAUGUGAGGAGAGAUUCUUCUGUUAUUUAUUGAAUUUGUAAACUUACAAGAGGACUUGUCUAAUAUGUCUUUGUGACCUGCAGACCAUGUUACUAUAAUAAAUCAUAGACUACAGCGAUGUGGGAGGAAAACUGAUUUCCAAAUAAAUGUAUGAUCCACGGGACACUGACUUCAUACAC